UAUGCACAGCUUUUGUCAAACAUAGUUUUGUGUACGAAUACACAUGCACUGGCUCCACCUCUCUACUCCAAUUACCUCUAUAUUAAUUACUUGGCAACAACCCCUUCCUCUGUUACUGGAGCCCCCGAUAGCUCAGCACUAUUUCUUCCCCCUCCUCACGCCCCUUCCCCUCUCAUCACUCCACUUCCACUCCAGUCCAUACCCUCCAACUCUCUCUCCCCCUCCUCAGUCCUCUCUCACACACACACUCACUCUCGUCACCGAAGACUAGCAAGGCUAGCUACUAGCUCGUACUGGAACUAGCUCGUUUCAAGGAACUUGCCGCGUGCCAAUUGCAUAAGUACGUCGUACGGUUAGGCCUCCCUCAGUUAUCUCUUGUACGUUGUGUUCGCGAUGGCGUCGGAGUGGGAAAUGGCCAUGGGGGUGGAGCUCGGCAUGGGAAUGGGCACGUACCACUACCACCACAACGCCUCCAGCAUCACCACCGCGCCGAUGAGCAGCCACCACAGCGGCGGCGCCAGCUACUCCACGCCGCACCACCACCACUACUAUGGGAUGCCGCCCACGGGCGGCGCCGGCGACGCCAUGCGCGUGGACGACCUUCUCGACCUCUCCACCGGCGCCGGCGCCGGCGCCCACGAGUUCUUCCCCACCGCGCCUGCGCCCGCGACCACUGACAAGGGGCACCACCACCCGGGAGCCAUGGGUGAGCCGUCACCCACCGCCGCCAACUCGUCGGAUCACCAGACGUCGCUCCUCUCCUUCGCCGAUGAGUUCUACAUACCCAGCGAGGAAGCUGCCGAGCUGGAGUGGCUAUCCAAGUUCGUGGACGACUCCUACUCGGACAUGCCCAAUUACUCGUCGGCGGCCGCGCACGCCGCAAUGGCGGCGGCGGCAGCAGGCAACGGAGGAGGCGGCACCUCGGCCGGCCAAGACAGCUGCGUCACCGCGGCGCCAGCUGGCCGCGGCGCGCGUAGCAAGCGGUCCUCCCGCGCGCCCGCGGCGGCGGCGUGGCACUCCCUCGUGUCGCGCCCACCGUCGCAGCCGUCGCCAUCCUCGUCGUCCUGCUCGUCUUCGGACUUCCCGUCGUCGUCCAACAGGCCAGCGCGCGGCAGGAAGAGCCCGGGGCCCGGCGGGGACGCGGUGGCGGGCUCGGACGGCGGCGUGCGGCGGUGCACGCACUGCGCGUCGGAGAAGACGCCGCAGUGGAGGACGGGGCCGCUGGGCCCCAAGACCCUGUGCAACGCGUGCGGCGUGCGCUUCAAGUCCGGGCGGCUCGUGCCCGAGUACCGCCCUGCGGCCAGCCCCACCUUCGUGCUCACGCAGCACUCCAACUCGCACCGCAAGGUCAUGGAGCUGCGCCGCCAGAAGGAGCUCAUCCUCAUCCGCGGAAGCCACCGCGACGCCGCCGCGGCUGCAGGAGCAGGAUCCGCCGGGCCGAGGCCGGAGCUCAUGUUCCGCGACUACGGCGUGUGUUAGUUAGCUGCGGCACUGAGGAAGCUCGAUCGCGUCGUGCUUGUGCAUUGCAUGCGUGGGAGCUUCUUUAGAUCCGCCUCUUGCGAAAUUCUGCCGCGUUUCUUUUCCUCCUUUCUUUCCCUUCCGAUCCCUGCGUAUUCCAGACAUUUUCGUUUUUUCUUUUGUUAAUUAUUACAUUGUUGGUACGACCUACCUCCUCCCUGCUUCUUCUAAGUUCUAAUGAGAGAGCAAUGAAUUCUGUUGGUACAAAUUGUGGUCGUUUUGUGAGUAAUCAUGCUCCUAAACCCAUCA